UAUCUCCCGGCAGAAUAUCGUGCGGUCGCACUAUUCCCUUUUAAACUGAUACGAUUAUUUGGCGAUUUUUACCAAGCGGUUCAGACGCAAUCAGCAGAGAAACCAGACAUCAACCAUGAGCUCCAGCAAGAUUGCUCUCCUCAGUGUGUCGGACAAGACGGGCCUGCUCGACUUGGGCAAGAGUCUGGUGGCACUGGGCUUCGAUCUGGUUGCCAGCGGAGGCACUGCCACUAGCUUGCGUGGCGCUGGCCUGAAGGUUAAGGAUGUCUCGGAGAUUACGGGAGCCCCGGAGAUGCUCGGUGGACGUGUGAAGACGCUGCACCCGGCUGUGCAUGCUGGAAUCCUUUCGCGCACCACCGACUCUGAUCUGGCUGAUAUGCGCAAGCAGGGCUUCGAUCUCAUCCAGCUGGUGGUCUGCAAUCUGUACCCCUUCGCCAGCACCGUAGCUAAGCCGGAUGUUACGCUGGCCGAUGCUGUGGAGAACAUCGAUAUUGGAGGCGUUACACUGCUCCGGGCGGCUGCUAAGAAUCACCAGCGGGUCACAGUUGUCUGCGAAGCAGUCGAUUAUGAUCGUGUCCUGGCGGAGUUGAAGGCUUCGGGAAAUACCACCGUGGAGACGCGACAGGCUCUGGCUCUUAAGGCAUUCACUCACACCGCCACCUACGACGAUGCCAUCUCGGACUAUUUUAGGAAACAGUAUGGAUCUGGUGUGUCUCAGUUACCACUGCGCUACGGCAUGAAUCCACACCAGAAGCCGGCUCAGCUCUACACACAGCUGGCAAAGCUUCCACUGACGGUUCUGAAUGCCUCACCGGGAUUCAUCAACCUGUGCGACGCCCUCAACGGCUGGCAGUUGGUUAGGGAAUUGAAGAAGGCCUUGCAGCUGCCGGCGGCCACCAGCUUUAAGCACGUGUCUCCUGCGGGUGCGGCUGUUGGAGUGCCUCUCAAUCCGGCACAGGCCAAGCUCUGCAUGGUGGAUGAUCUGUACGAGCAGUUGACACCUCUGGCUAUGGCCUAUGCUCGUGCCCGUGGAGCCGACCGCAUGAGCUCCUUCGGCGACUUUGUGGCCCUAUCUGAUGUGUGCGACGUUGUGACAGCCAGGAUAAUCUCGCGCGAGGUGUCCGAUGGUAUUAUUGCCGCGGGCUAUGAGCCCGCAGCUCUGGAGAUCCUGAAGAAGAAGAAGAAUGGGGGCUACUGUAUUCUGCAGAUGGACCCCAACUACGAACCCUCUGCGGUGGAGCGCAAGACUAUUUUUGGCCUUACAUUGGAGCAGAAACGCAACGAUGCCGUCAUCGACGCCUCGCUUUUCUCCAACGUGGUGAGCAAGCGUGGUCCUCUGCCCGAGGCGGCUGUGCGGGAUCUGAUCGUGGCCACCAUUGCCUUGAAGUACACUCAGAGCAACUCCGUGUGCUAUGCCCGUGAUGGGCAGGUCGUGGGCAUCGGUGCCGGUCAGCAGUCGAGGAUUCACUGCACCCGCUUGGCGGGCGAGAAGGCGGACAACUGGUGGCUGCGUCAGCAUCCCAGUGUGGCCGGCAUGAAGUUCAAGGCUGGUGUGAAGCGGGCGGAGAUCUCGAAUGCAAUCGACAAUUACGUAAACGGAACUGUGGGCAAGGACAUGCCUCUGUCGCAGUUCGAGGGAAUGUUCGAUAAGGCACCAGCCCAACUGACCAGCGAGCAGAAAGUGGAGUGGUUGAAGCAGCUGACUGGUGUGGCCCUGGGAUCCGAUGCCUUCUUCCCCUUCCGUGAUAAUAUCGAUCGCGCUAGCUUGAGCGGCGUCUCCUACAUCGCCAGCCCCGCAGGAUCCACCAAUGAUGCUGGUGUCAUUGCCGCCUGCGAUGAGCACGGUAUCAUCAUUGCCCACACCAAUCUGCGAUUGUUCCACCAUUAAGUCGAAACUUCUCAAGUCGAAUACAUACGAGAAUUGAAAUAUGUUCUCGAUUUAGUUAAUUUUCUCUCAAACGAUUUGAUCCUCGUUCUAAACUGAAAUCUAAAGCCUACGUAAAAAGACAUUAUAAAACAGGAAGCGAAAAUACAUAUCUGCAGUUAUUGCAGUCGUAUACGAAAUAUUUUUGAUAAUAUUUUUAGCGUUUUAAGGAUUUUUAUAGAUAUACAAUACCGUGUUAAUCAAACCCCAUCAAACUGCCUUAUGACCAUUCCAAGCUCAAUAAAACCACUUGCCUUUAGUUAGUUAAACGAA